UUUUUUUUUUUUUUUUUUUUUCUGUUUCUGUUUUGUGUGUGUGUGUUUUGCGGUAUAACACUCGUUCAUUUCGUAUUUCGGUUUUUUAUUUGCUCUGAGAAGAAAAGGCGGAAGAGUUGGUUACUUACGCCACCCAAAAAUAACCAACCGCCUUCUUCCUCCUUCUUCUCCACCUCCUCCGUCGUUGUCAUCGCGACGGUGACGAUCGUCGAAAGGGAAUAAUAUCCAGUCAACCCGUUAACAACUAAUACGUAAAGCUCCCGCAGCGGAAAUGGCGUACAGGAGAAGGCAGGGGAUAACAAGGUCGUCAACCUUCAAAGAAGAGAUCAUUCAUCGCCCCCCAGACGACAAUUCUGCACCGAAUUCAUCUUCCCCUCUGCAGUCUUCGUCUUCCUUCUCCGGUUCUUCAUCUUCGUCCCUUGCCGCUCAGGCCAUUCGUGCUUCUGCGCUUUCCGUCGAACGCAACAACCGAUCCAAGGACUUCUCUGCCUAUGACGAUGCAUCUGCAAAAUCGGGGUUUUGGGGUGUUCUGGCUCGGAAAGCUAAGGCCAUUCUUGAAGAGGAUGGUGAAUUUCCACAAGAUGAUAUUGCUGGAGGGCUCAGAUCACAGCCCUCCGUUGCCUCCGGUGGCGCUCAGUUCCAACAACAACCAUAUUAUCAGUCAUAUGACAACCCUAGAAGAAUGGAAAAUCCUACAAUCCGAAAGGGCUUGGAUAGAAUCACAACUUCCCUUAAUCAGCUCGGGGACACGUUUGAGAAGGCUUUCGAGGAAGGUCGAACGAUAGUGGAGAAUAAGACCGCCGACAUCCAAAAGCAAAUUAAACGAAGAGGAGACAAUCCAGAUGCACAAAAUCAAGCUUCAUAUUAUGGGAACCAGAACAGUUCACCGUUGCAGCCUAAGAACCAAGAUACUCAACUCAAGGCAUCACGCGACGUUGCAAUGGCAACAGCUGCCAAAGCAAAAUUACUUCUUCGGGAGCUGAAAACCGUUAAGGCAGAUCUGGCUUUUGCGAAGGAACGAUGUUCUCAACUUGAAGAAGAAAAUAAACGCCUUCGCGAGAAUCGUGACAAGGGGAACCACAGAGCUGAUGACGACUUGAUCCGCCUUCAACUGGAGACACUUCUGGCGGAGAAGGCUCGAUUAGCGAACGAGAAUUCAGUUUAUGCACGCGAGAAUCGAUUCCUGAGGGAAAUUGUUGAAUACCACCAGCUGACAAUGCAGGAUGUUGUGUAUUUAGAAGAUGAUGAAGAAGUCACAGAAGUUAACCCCUUAACCAGCCCCACCGGCGUCUCCAGGAUGCUCUCCAUUUCCCCGCCCUCAUCAGCACCCCCAUCCCCGCCUCCAGAGGACUCUUCAUCAGCAACCUCACCAGCUACUAAAGAAAUACCUGUCCUUACCAAGCCACAAGAAAAUAAAGACGUUUUUGCAAAUCAGGCCAUGCCAGGCAACGAUACCUUAGCUUACAAGAAAGAAGAUGCUAAAACACCUUCUUCAACAGAAGCUACUGCAAAAACACCUCCUACAGCAGAUGGCAUCACUAAAUCGCUGACAGCAGCAGAAGCCGCUACUAAAACACUCUCUGUAGCAGCAGAAGAUACUAAAAGACCUCCUCCUGCUUCUGCUUAAGAAUUCGAUGUUCGUUUUCGUCAAAGAUCAAAGAUUAGUAUAGCAUUUUUUAUUUUGUUUCCUUCCUUUUCCUCUUGGAGAGGGGAAGAGGAAGGAGGAAGGAGGAAGGAGGAAGGAGGAAGGGGGAAGGGGGCAUUCUUCUUCUGCCCUAAACUUUAUCAAUCUGUGGAUGUAAUAUUUUGUUAUGUUUUGUUUGAGGUUUGGGUUUAUUUCUAGUACCCUUUUGACCUCUUAGCACAAGAUAAAACCAUGUCUUCCUUGUACAACCACUGUGCACGAUAUUGGUUCUUGAGUUUUCAGAAUUCUUAUUUGGUCAGUUUGUAUUUCUUGUUCUAAAUAAUAUUGUUAGUUUUA